GUCAUCCAUCACAUUUAUACCUCUCCCAACCUCAGAAUUUCCAAUUGAAUUCCAAUUGCCAAUUAGACCUCAAUUGGAGCCAUUGAAUCUCAUCAUGGAAGGUAUUAAACAGACAUUCGCACAAUGUGCGAAGGAGAAACGGCCAUGUUUCGUUACCUACGUAACCGCCGGCUACCCCACCAUCGACGACUCCAUCUCCAUUCUCCUAGGGAUGGAAGCCGGUGGCGCCGAUAUCAUCGAGCUAGGCAUGCCGUUCACGGACCCCAUUGCGGACGGACCGACGGUUCAGAAGUCGAAUACGCAAGCGCUGGAGAACAGGGUCAACACCACGACGUGUUUGGACAUCGUCCGCGGCGCGCGGAAACAGGGGUUGAAGGCCCCGGUGUUGCUCAUGGGAUACUAUAAUCCGCUGCUGGCUUACGGAGAGGAUCGGAUGAUGACGGAUGCAAAAGCGGCGGGUGUCAAUGGGUUUAUUAUCGUGGAUUUACCCCCAGAGGAAGCGGUGCGGUUUAGGAACUAUUGUACGAAGGCUGGCCUUUCCUACGUCCCGCUGAUCGCCCCCGCCACCUCUGAAUCCCGAAUGAAGCUUCUCUGCAAAAUUGCCGAUUCCUUCAUCUACGUCGUCUCCCGAAUGGGCGUCACCGGCGUCACCGGCUCCCUCAACAAGGGCCUCCCCGACCUGCUCGAGCGGGUCCACACCUACUCCGGCAACGUCCCCGCCGCGGUGGGCUUCGGCGUCAGCACGCGCGAACAAUUCGUCGAAGUUGGCUCGAUCGCAGAAGGUGUCGUCAUCGGCAGUCAGAUGAUCACGACCAUCGCGAAUGCCCCGGCCGGCGAGCACGCGAAAGCGGUGGAGGAGUAUUGCUCCAGCAUCACGAAUCGCAAGGUAACUAUGACGACCGAUAGCGACUUGACCCGCGAAGUUGCCAUGGGCGAAGCGGUCGCCGACGCACAGGUGUCGUCGGCCCCCCAGGUCGACAAGGUCAUCACCGAGCAGGAUAACAACGGGAAACCCGGCCCGGUCGAUGAGCUAGAAGCGCUCAACGACCCGAACGUCACGCACGCCGGCGCGCUGCCUCCACGCUUCGGCGAAUUCGGCGGGCAAUACGUCCCGGAAUCCCUCAUGGACUGCCUCAGCGAGCUCGAAGCCGGCUUCAACGCCUGCCUCCACGACCCGACCUUCUGGGACGAAUACCGCUCCUACUACCCCUACAUGUCGCGGCCGUCCCAAUUCCAUCUCGCCGACCGCCUCACCGAACACGCCGGCGGCGCGAACCUCUGGCUCAAACGCGAGGACCUCAACCACACGGGCUCGCACAAGAUCAACAACGCGCUCGGGCAGAUCCUUGUGGCGCGGCGGCUCGGGAAGACGGAGAUCAUCGCCGAGACCGGCGCGGGGCAGCACGGCGUGGCCACGGCCACGGUGUGCGCCAAAUUCGGGAUGAAGUGCACGGUGUUCAUGGGCGCCGAGGACGUGCGGCGGCAGGCGCUGAAUGUGUUCCGGAUCAAGCUGCUGGGUGCCAGCGUGGUGGCGGUAGAGGCUGGGUCGCGCACGCUGCGGGACGCGGUCAACGAGGCGUUGCGGGCGUGGGUGGUCAAGCUGGGCACCACGCAUUACAUCAUCGGCAGCGCGAUCGGCCCGCAUCCGUUCCCGACGAUCGUGCGCACGUUCCAGAGCGUCAUUGGCACGGAGACGAAGCAGCAGUUGAUGGCGUUGAAGGGAAAGUUGCCGGAUGCGGUGGUGGCCUGCGUGGGGGGCGGAAGCAAUGCGGUGGGGAUGUUCUAUCCGUUCUCGAAGGAUGAGAGCGUGAAGAUGUUGGGGGUGGAGGCGGGUGGCGAUGGGACGGAUACGGCGCGGCAUGCGGCGACGUUGGUGGGCGGGUCGAAGGGGGUGUUGCAUGGCGUACGGACGUACAUCUUGCAGGACCAACACGGCCAGAUCAGCGACACGCAUUCCGUAUCCGCUGGACUAGACUACCCCGGCGUCGGCCCUGAACUAUCGAGCUGGAAAGACGCCAGCCGGGCGGAGUUCAUCGCCGCGACGGAUGCGCAGGCGUUGGAAGGAUUCCGGCUACUCAGCCAGUUGGAGGGGAUCAUCCCAGCGUUGGAGACCAGCCACGCGAUCUGGGGUGCGAUGCAACUGGCGAAGAAGCUGGGGAAGGGGAAGGAUGUGGUGAUUUGCCUGAGCGGACGAGGGGAUAAGGAUGUGCAGAGCGUGGCGGAUGAGUUGCCGAAGCUGGGACCGGUGAUUGGUUGGGAUUUGAGGUUUUAGAGGAUCAUGACCUUUAUAUGAUUACACAGAAACAGUUUGAUAGUCUAAAAAGAAAGACAAAAGCAUGCCAUUUAGAAUACCUUAAAGAUAUAGGAUAAUAGGGUACCGUACUACUCGAGAUUUGAUAACUCGAGAUUUGAUAACUCGAGACUUGAGAACUCGAGACUUGAGACAUGGACAAAGAACUGG